GACAGCGCCCACAGUUGAAAUGCAGCUUGGAAGUGAGAGCGAACUCAUGUGAAAGACAUUUUGGGAACAGUAAAAUUACAGAACGGUUCUCUCAGUUUGAAUGUAGCCAUUCCAGGGUCCAUUCCAUAUGCUGAGGCUACACAUCAUCUUCAUCUUCAUCUUCACGUGCAGGGUGGGAGCAGAUACAGAGGAAGCAUGUCCAGCAUUCACAGGUCUCAGUAUAAGCAGUGCUUUGACAGGAACAGACCUGAAGGUGAAACUACUGCUGUACACAAGGCAAAACCAGCAUUGUGCUGAAACUCUCAGUACAGUGGCCUCCAACUAUCUGAAUGUGACCAAGGAAUCCAUCUUCAUUGUCCAUGGAUACAGACCCACAGGCUCUCCCCCAGUAUGGAUCCAAGAUAUAAUAAAGCUUUUGCUUUCUAUUGAAGAUGUCAACAUAAUUAUUGUAGAUUGGAAUCGGGGAGCCACAACUCUCAUAUACCAUAAUGCUUUUAGAAAAACCAGGAAGGUCGCUGAAUUCUUGAAGGAGCGUAUUGACCGAAUGUUGGCUGAAGGAGCAUCACUUGACUCUAUCUAUAUGAUAGGAAUUAGCCUUGGUGCACAUAUCUCUGGGUUCGUGGGACAGAUGUAUAAUGGUAGACUUGGGAGAAUCACAGCGCUUGACCCAGCAGGACCCCUGUUCCGUGGGAAACCCCAUAGCGAGAGGUUAGAUCCUUCAGACGCCCAGUUUGUGGAUGUCAUCCAUUCCGACAUUGAUGGACUAGGUUACAGAGAAGCCCUAGGACACAUAGACUUCUAUCCCAAUGGAGGAACUGACCAACCCGGCUGUCCGCAAACAAUAUUUUCAGGAUCGCAAUAUUUCAAAUGUGACCAUCAGAGGUCUGUUUUCCUGUUCCUGUCAUCCUUGAAAAAGAGCUGCAACAUCACUGCUUACCCAUGCGACUCAUACAGAGAUUACAAGAAUGGCAAAUGUACCAGCUGCAAUAUUUUCCAGCCUCUGCCAUGCCCAGUACUGGGAUACUAUGCUUAUGAAUGGAAAAGCCAUUUAACGCAAAAGGAUCCUCCAGUGACUAAAGCCUUUUUUGAUACAGCUGACAAAGAACCAUUUUGCAUUUAUCAUUACUUUGUGGAUGUCAUUACCUGGAACCAAAAUAUGAGGAGAGGUUCCCUCACAAUUAAAUUGACCGACCAAGCUGGAAACACAGCAAAAUCCAGAAUCAACCAUGAAGCUGCAGUUUUUCAACAACACAGACAAACUAUUUUGCUAACUGGAUUUGACCAGGAUCUGGAUGAAGUACAAAGAAUGUCCUUGACAUUUUCCACAGGGACUGUAGUAGGCCCAAAGUACAAACUCAGGAUUCUCCAAAUGAGGUUAUGGUCAAUUUCAAAUCCGGAAAGGCCCGCACUGUGCAGAUACGACCUGGUCUUGAUGGAAAAUGUUGAAAUCGGCUUCAAACCUAUUCCAUGUGAAAGCAGACCAACAUGAAGCAAAGCAGCCUUGGGGGGAAAGUAAUCUUAUAUUGAAAACUGCAUGCACAUCCCAGAUGGCAAGAAAAUGGUAGGAAAAGAGGCCUUGUUUUUUUGGAAGGUGUCUUAGACUCUAACUGUCUCCUAUACAUGUCCAGCUACAGCACACAGUUCACUUUCUCUCCUGUCCACGUAGCAGUAUGCAGAUGCAUUUCUAGUGGUAUCAUAGAAUUAAUAACACCUUAUGCCCAAACAUUUUCCAGACAAGUCACUGGAGGAGAAGCCACAGAUAUUGCAGGAGACUGCUGUAUUCAGUUUCCAAACCAGCUAUCUUCAUUUUGACUGACAAUCAAUUACUUCUAAAAUACUUCUCUUUUAAUUAUUUAUUCUGUGGUUUGAGUCUUAAUAAAGCUUUGCCUCAGGGGCAUGCAUGUGAUGUGUGAUUCUGAGGAUGCUUACAAAAAGUACAGGUUAUUUCAGAAGGAAAUGACUGCUCAUUGUGGGUCUCAGAAUAGGAUUCUCCUUUCACAAAUUUGCCAAGCAGGCAUAGGAAAGCUGAAAAACAAAGCUAAGAAUGCCACACCUGGCACAGAUUGAUACUUUAUUUGUGUCGCAUCGCUUUCAUCAGAACUACUGAAGAAGGAUUCAGCAUUACAUGUACCGAUCAUUGCUUCUGUUCUGCUGGGAACAACUUAAGAAAUUAAAUGCUCCAUUGUGCACAAUGCAAGUUUUGAAGUGUGCCAUUUGGGUUGCUAUGUCAGUCAUUUACAGGAAAACACAAUCUUCAACACAGUGAAAUCAGACUAGAGACCACCAGCAUCACAAACUGGAACCCUCAUGCAUCCAGGAGACCUGCCCACCCACACAAGGCUGAGGAACUAUAUUUUGUGGCUCACAGCAGGGCUCGGGGGCUGUGGGUGGGAAGUGAGAGGCACUGGCAGGGCUGGGGGCUGUGGAUUGGGAGUGAGGGGCAAUGGCAUAGGCAAGGCAUCAGCAUAUCAGGGCUGCUCAGUGCCACAAAGCAGUAGCGGGUGGGGACAGCUCCAGCUGGACCCACGUCCUGGUGAGUGAAGGGGGCAGGAGAAGCUCUGAUUUUCCAUGAUAAAAAAACCCAAAAUCAAAUACCAAAAUUUAUAAGUAUUAAGAACAUCUUUUAUUAUAGCGAUUGAGGCCCUGGUAGGCUUCCAAAUUGCUUUACAAUUGUAAAUAUAUCAAUAAAACAUUGUGUUCAACUGAUAUCUAUAUAUAUAGCGACAUUUCAUUUUCAUUGCGGAAAAACACAGAUUUAAAGUUUUUCAUCAGAGAAUUUGUGUUUUAUCAGAGAAUUUGAAAUUUUUAAACAGAGAAAACCAUGAUCCCUGCUCAUAACUUUUGCCACCAUGCUAGGUUUUCAAAGGAAACCAAAAAAAGCACCUUUUUGGAUGCAGAAUCCUAACAAAACUCAAACCCCCUCUCUCAACCCAUGCAGCUCUUUCAGAAAAAAACAGGAAAAUGGACACAAGCCAGUCUAUUUUGAACAGGUGCACCACAUCUGUAGACAUUUCCCAGCAAAAUUCAGCUUCAGGCCAACCCCAGCAUACAACAUUUCAGAGGGCCCUUUGUGAGCGAGUGAUAUGCGAUUCCAAGGAGAGGCUCGCACUAGGCAGCGUUAGACAACAUGGAUACAGAGGUCAUUACUGAUGUUCCUUCCAGUACAUCUACACACUCGCACACACCUUUACCUAUGAACAUGACUGGUGUUUGGGAAUGCCACGUGUCUCAUGCCAGGUGACCCUUUACACAAUGCCACAUCAUUCUGUACUUUGUACGUGUCACAUCCCGCACAGCACAGCACCUUUAGAAAAGGUUUAAGAUACAAGGAGAAAAAAACUGACUGACAAAACCUGGGGCAUUUUCAAUAACGGACAAGAGGUUUUUUCCACACGAGGAAAUGAGGGUCUUAGUCACAGUCCCACACUCUUUAAGGGCUAGCUGCAAUUGCUACACCCGGACCCAUGAGCUGAACUAACAGGAGGGCACCUGCGAGCUGAGGUACACAGACUGCCUGAAUCCUAGGGAAGUCAGGCUGGAGGGGCCCUGCAGAGGUCACAUCUAGUCCGCCCCGUCCCGGCCAGGCUCAGGCUGCAGAGGUGCCACAGAGAAGCAGCAGCAGCCACGGGAAGCCAAAAUGGAGUCGCAGCGCAGGGCCACGAGCGCUCUAGGCCCCAGGGGAUGGUGCGGGGGUGGCCGAAGCCUCAGCUCCCAUGAGCAGCUGCAAAUGCACGUGGCAGAGAGCAUGUGUGCAAGCACCUGGCUGAGAGCAUGUGUGCAAGCAGCCCAGUGAGGGCACUGCAUUAGCUGAGUGCAGGCAUGUGCAAGCAGACAGCUGCACAGACACGUGUGCAGCAAGCGUGUGAGCAUACGUGUGCAAGAAGCUGUGGGAAAGCAUGUGAGAGCGCCCCUCCGUGCAAGCUGACAGUUUUGUAAGAGCGUACGUGUGCCGGCAGCCGUGUGAGAGCA